UGUGUGUGUGUGUGUGAUUGUCUGUAUCUCAUAAAUAUUCUCAACCCCGAGAUGUACACAGGUAAUCUGAUAAAAAUGUGACACCAGGCCGCGAAUGUGUAUCCCGAAGCAUGCGUGGACCCAGAUGUGUAUUAUGAAAUCUUCCAUUCCCCCCCUCAACGAACGAACUUCCAUCUUUGGUGUCCGUUUUGCAUAGGAGCAAGUUAGUUGCAAAAACAAAAAAACGAUUAGACUAAGUUUAUCGAUUUAUUUAGCAAUAUGUUCGCAUAUAUAAAAAUACACACACACACACACGCUCAGUACGGUAAAGGGCGAACGCUAAAGCUUGCGCGGAUCUUUACUAUGAAAAGACUUCUUCCUAAACGGCAAAUCUGGCAAGUGUGUCAAUGAUUAUGGCGUAUUUACCUUUGCUCAUCUGCAACAGCUGUACUCUGGCCGCAGAAGCCACCAAAGACGACCAACGACGGCUCAAAACGUUUAGACGACGUACUCGCUCCUGUUGAGUUUUCGACGCUCGUUCUGUUUUAGUGUGUAUAAGUUUGUUUUAAGGAGAAUAGCGAAUUUCGUUUACAUUUACGCAAUUAUACAAAAAAGAAAAACGAUCAAAAUUUGCAUAUGGUGUAGUAGUAGUUAGGUGUGUUAGUCGGUGGGAAUGAGAGAGAGAGAGAGAGAAAGAGAGAUAACGCAAAAUCCCAUACGUUUUUGUUUAGUGUGUUUUUGUUUUGUAUUUUGUUCAGAGUUUAGUCAAUUAAUUUGAUCGGGUGUACAUUUUACAUGAGCAAAUUUUUGUUUUUGCACAAUAUGCAUAACAAAGAUGCAUAACUUUUCUACGUUGUGAUCACAGUUGUUAAUGAAAGUAAUCAACACGAAAACAAAACAAAAAACCCCUACCUGUAAAAGAUAGUUUAACAAAAUAAAGCAAAUCAAGAGAUUUAUAGAUACGACACCUAUAAUAUUGAGACACACACAAGGUGUGUGUGUGUAGAUACAUCUUUUUGUUUUUGUUCCGGAGAUUUGGUUUACCGGACCAGACUGGAAGCGAGAGGGUAAGGAAAACAUGGACACAGUACAGUUUCUGCAUAAGCGUAUCACAUCCCGGAAAUUGUCCCCAAAUAUCUCCUUUUUUGUGUAUGUCCCAUUUACAGUCCCAGUUUUCACACGAACUCGGUCCAAAUGCGGCGAAAUCGUGUAUGCCGCGUUUUUGAAGUGCUAUGGUUGAGACAGUUGAAAUAUGAGCGACAUAAACUGUAGGAUGAUAUCACCACCGUGCAGGCACCAAAUAGACUCGGCACGAUCAGAUGGGCUGAUCAUGGCAAGAGAAUGAUACCGGACAACCCAGCUCGAAAGAUAUCAACCGAGGAGAAGUGUUAGGCUCAACUUGAACCAGAGUGAUACUAUGUGUUGUGAUACGGUUCACGCAUAUCUUGUUACUAGCUCAAAUGUAAAGUACUGUAGCAAUUGGUUUGUUAAAUGUUUCCUAAAGAAAUCAGGUCACUUGGCAAGCCCAUCCAUAUCGCUCACAGUGAACUUCUCGUUCAAAUGAACUGUUCGUUAUUAACUCCUUUUUGUUCAAUUUUGUGAAGCAUUCAGUUAGCAUCCCAACUUCGACGCGCUGGAUUUGGCCGAUGAGUUCCGCAUCAUCCCAUAGUGACAGUCAUGCUAAAGAUUCGAGCCCACGCAAUCAGCUGAUUCGUCGCUCACUUUGCCGCUAUUGUCAACCCGAGUCUCUCACCAUCACCCGGCCGACAGUCGUCAGGAGAGAUCGUCGGCAACACGACGCACCAAUAGUGCGCGGUGUCUUGAGGUUUGUCUUGACGAAGUGAGAAGUCCCCAACACCUGUGGCAAUACCGAACAUCCAGCGAAAUGCAAAAACGCUACUGUGUGAUCGGUGCUGGAAGUUCCGGUGUAUGUGCGGCUAAAACGAUCCUGGCCAGUGGCGGCUCCGUGACGGUGUACGAGCGAACGGAUCAAAUCGGUGGCACAUGGGUGUACACGGACGAGGUCGGCACCGAUCGGUACGGUCUGCCGGUGCACACCAGCAUGUACGAAGGGCUUGAGACGAACCUGCCGAAAGAGAUAAUGGGCUUUCCGGGGUACGAAAUGCCCAGCCAAGAUGCGUCGUACGUGCGAUCGGACGAGGUGCUACAGUUCAUUCGAGACUAUUCCGAUCAUUACCACGUUACUGAGCGGAUCGCGUUUGCCCAUCUGGUGCAGGAGGUGAAACCGAUCACCGUAGGGUCCGCUGGAUGGAGUGUGACCGUGCGAAAUUUGGCCAGCGGACUGAUGACGACAGAAACGUUUGAUUAUGUGCUAGUAUGCAACGGACACUACCAUACCCCGUUCGUUCCGUCGUACCCAGGCAGGGAGUGCUUUCGGGGCAAGCAGCUACACAGCCACGACUAUCGAAAGUCGUCCAUUUUCAAAGAUCAGCUAGUGCUCGUGAUCGGAGCCGGACCGAGCGGAACGGAUCUAACACUGGAGGCAGCCAAGAUGGCCAAAACCGUAUACUUCAGCCAUCACGUGCCGGAAAAGUUGAAGCAGCUAGUCUUUCCAGCGAAUGUGCUGCAGGUACCGGACGUGGCACGGAUCCUUCCGGAUGGUGUGGAGUUUGUGGACGGGUCGCAGCAUCCCGUAACAGUAAUCUUCUACUGUACCGGGUUCCGCUACAGCUUUCCCUUCCUGCAUCCCGAUUGUGGUGUGCAGGUGGACGAUAACUGGGUACGGCCGCUGUACAAGCACGUGCUGAACGUUAACCAUCCAUCGAUGGCAUUCAUUGGGCUUCCGUUCUACGUUUGCGCAACGCUCAUGUUUGACCUGCAGGCUCGAUUUUGUGUGAAAUUUUACAGCGGUCAGCUACCGAUGCCCGGCCAGCAAGAGAUGCUGCUCGACCACGAGCGUGAGAUGAACGAGCGGUGGAGCAAAGGGCUGCAAAAGCGGCAGGCCCACAUGAUGGGUGCGGACUAUCAGGGCCAGUACUAUCGUUCGCUGGCGGACCGUGCGCAGAUCGAACCGAUCCCGAAGGUCAUGACGGAUAUGCACAUCGAUAGUGGCAGGCGCAAGAAAGAGGAUUUGCAACACUAUCGAAACGAUGUGUACCGCGUGGUGGAUGAGAACACGUUUGUGAAGUGUGACAUUACGGAACUGCAUCGACUGCGAAAGGAGUUCGCUGAGAAGGGGAAAAAUAGCUAAUAGAACCCCCAAACUAGGUGCAUAUGUUGCUUUUAUAUUGUACAUAAUUCUAAAAUAAACUUUAUACCUUCUCGGUUCAUGCAAUCUGCCACUAACUGAAGUAAGGCACACGGAGCAUGGUUCAAAUUAAUCGCUGGAAGCACUACGUCCUUUUUACUACUUUCUUUUUUUACACCUCAACCAAAGCGUUGCAUGGGAAUAUAUUAUUUAUUGCGAUCAGACUUACGGGCUCAAAUUAGCGAAUAAAACACUAGUGAUGAAACAUUUACACGGUCUUGGUGGUAGUGCGGUGCCUAUUUCAUGACAUGGCAGCUUGACUGUGCUAUACCGUGGCCAUCA